ACUGGUUCCUUACGCGAGACAAAAACAGCCAUCUGUCAAGAUGAUGAAGAAAACGGUGUUCUCCGCCUUCCUUUUGGUUGGCCUCGUCGUGAUCACGGUGGCCGAACCAGAGCCCGAGCCUGUUCAUGGUGGUGGCCAUGGAGGAGGAGGAUAUGGCCAUGGUGGUGGUGGCCAUAAAGGUGGCCAUGGAGGUGGUCAUGGGGGAGGAGGGUAUGGCCAUGGUGGUGGCCAUGGAGGGGGAGGAUACGGCCAUGGUGGUGGCCAUGGAGGAGGAGGAUACGGCCAUGGUGGUGGCCAUGGAGGAGGAGGAUACGGCCAUGGUGGUGUCCAUGGAGGAGGAGGAUACGGCCAUGGUGGUGGCCAUGGAGGAGGAGGAUACGGCCAUGGUGGUGGCCAUGGUGGUGGUGGCCAUGGUGGUGGUCAUGGCGGAGGAUAUGGCCAUGGUGGUGGCCAUAAAGGUGGUCACGGGGGUGGCCACGGCGGAGGAUAUGGCCAUGGUGGUGGCCAUGGAGGUGGCCACGGCGGAGGAUAUGGCCAUGGUGGUGGCCACGGUGGCCACGGUGGCGGAGGAUAUGGUUACGGAAAGUAAGGAGUCACUUUGCAAGCGGUCGGUGUUUUCAUCUUUCGAAGAGACAUUGAUGAAAACUGCUUUGCUGAAAGUCAUUCCCGAAGAUUUGUUAAUUCGCCAGUAAUAUUUGUCCCUCUUCAGAUUCAAUUUUUAGGUCUACGAAAUUGUAAAGUAUAUAUAUAAUGUAAUAUAUAUAUACAUGUAUAUAUAAUCUG